GGUGUGGGCCAUGUGUGAGGAUAGCCCCGGCUUUCAGCAGAUUGAGUUCCAAAUACCCGCAUGCCAUCUUCCUGGAAGUUGACGUACAUCAGUGUCAACAAACAGCAACGGCCAACAACAUUUCAGCUACACCAUCGUUUUUAUUCUUUCGAAACAAAGUGCGAAUUGACCAGUUUCACGGAGCAGACGCCAAUGGAUUGGAAGAGAAAGUUAAACAGCACCUGGAAAACGAUCCUGGAAUUAAUGAAGACUUGGACAUUCCCAAAGGAUACAUGGAUUUGAUGCCAUUUAUAAACAAAACUGGAUGUGAAUGUCUUAACGAAUGUGACGAACAUGGAUUUGACAACUGUUUUCGAAAAGACCCAACAUAUUUAAGAUCAGAUUGUGAUGAACAGCUUCUUAUGACAAUAGCAUUUAACCAGCCAGUCAAACUUUUUUCAAUGAGGCUUCAAGGCCCUGAAAACGGGGAAGCCCCGAAAGUGGUAAAAAUCUUCACCAACCUGCCCCGCUCCUUCGAUUUUGAUGAUGCCGAAAGAAGUGAAGCCACCCAAACCCUGGAACUGGCAGCAGAUGACAUCAAGGAAGAUGGAGUUACACCACUGCGUUACGUCAAGUUUCAGAAUGUUAAUAGUGUAACACUGUUUGUCAAAUCCAACCAGGGAGAGGAGGAAACCACAAGAAUUGACUUCCUUACCUUUAUUGGAACACCUGUGCAAGCCACAAACAUGGGUGACUUCAAGCGGGUGGUUGGAAAGAAGGGAGAGAGCCACUAACUAAAUGAAGGAAAGAUUGGAAAAACUGGCAGUGUACAUACCCAGGAUCACAUGCGCAAUAAUACACUCUGGAUUCUUGAAAUAACAAUACUAUGACCUUUUGACUUGGUCCCACUAAAUCCUGCUUCCAGAUUUGCAAUGAAAUCAUUGUGCAGUUCAAACAUUUUGUUGUGGAUUGAUUACUUCUGAUCGAUUUGUGCUGAACUGGUGUAAUUAUUUUCUGGAUUAUAGAGAAUUUGUCAUUACGCAAGUCACCUUUUGGAAGCCAGCUGAGCUGAGGAAGUUGCACACUUAACCCUCGUUGUAGCUGAUCAACACUCUGACACGGCAGCAGCCUUCUCCAUCCUAGCGUCCCACCAUGGAUUAAUUCCUCUGGCAAGAUGGAAGCAGUUUCUUGUCCUAAACUUAAAAAGAAAUAUAGAUUACUGCAUUUGCUGUAUAUCAAUUCAAAUGGUUAUUGGUUAAUUAAAUGCUGUUUACCUAAUAAUGCC